AUGUAUUAUGGCCGAGAUGAUGUCUGUCAAGAUGGUACAGACGAGAGCUUAGCACAAGUUCAUCGGUGUCGCAGGUCGGUGAGGCGAGGACCUCUCGACCUUAUUCAAAAGUCUUCACUCCACAGCAGUCUUGCUACAGUUUUCUGUGGCAACAAUAACUUAAGCGACACCCGCAUCGCAAAUCGUGGCCGAGUAGCGAAAUUCGGCGAUACCAGCGCCACUCUACUCACGAGUCGCUAUCGAAACCCGAAAUGGGCGCCGACGAGACCAGUUCAGGCGAGGUCGAACCUGCCGCCAGUCCAGUCGGGCUGA